AUGGAGAGAGUACCCAGAGUAUGGAGAGAGAAACUAUAGAGUACCCAGAGUAUAUAGAGUAUGGAGAGAGUAACUAUGGAGUAUACCCACAGUAUGGAGUAUACCUGCAAUAGGGUGUACACGGAGUGUUCACCGAUUAUCCAGAGCAGGGAGUGCGCCUAAUGUACCCAGAGUACGGAUUGUACCCAGUAAAAUCAACUAUAAAAAGUCCCCAUUUAAGAAGAAGAAAAAAAAUCUGCAAAAAAUAUAUAAAAUAAAUAAAGUAUAGCUGUUAUCACUAAAGCUGCUAACCUAAAACAUUAGGGUGAGUAACUACCUAGAGAAUCCACAGAAAGAUUUAAAAAAUGUUAGUGCUAGCACACACUAUCCUAAUAAUAUAACAUAAAUAAAUACACAAUUUAUCAAAAAUCUCCUAUAGCACAUAACCUAAUCGUGGCAAAAAAUGCAGACUAGGUGGGAUGUACUAAAACUUCCAUGGGGACAGAUGGGCAGAUACGUCAUAAAUAAAGCCCUUCCAAGAGGACAAGCAGUUAAUGAUCACUUAUAAACUCACACCAACCUCCUGUCUCCAUCCAAUAAACUGUGCCGUUAGCGUUAUACUCAGUCUACGCGUUUCAUGCCGUAAGGACAUUAUCGAGACAUGAACAUGUAGCAAGUACAGAAUAGAACCAUGUAUAGGACUCAAGUAAUCAAUUAACCUGAUACACAGCAAUACAUCAUUAUAGUAUUAAAGUGACAAAGUUUCUAACUGAUACAUUCUUAUAAAUAUAAAGCUCCAAUGCCAAUCCACAUACUUACUAAAACUCAUUGAUAAAUGGUGAUAAUGGCAUUUAAAAAAAACAAAUCUUUUGCAAGAGAUUAAAGGGACACUCCGAUUACCAAUACAACUUUAAUGCAUUUGUUAGAUUUUGGCCUUAUUAAUAUGUUGUAUUUUUUGUAUACUCAAAUCUUUAUAGUUUUAUCACAAAAUAAAAAAUGUUUUGUAGAAUGCUGCGCCUCCUCGUGCCAGUAAGACUUCUUUAUCAAAGGUAUGCGUACAGCUCAGCCCCAACAAUACUGAGUGAACGGCUUUUAAUUCACAACCUGACUGCAGACAGUCAGAGAAACUACAAACAGGUAGAGAUAGCCUUACUCUAUAUCUCCACCACCGGCAGGUAGUGGAUGUGACUCACAUUACGAAAUCCUACCAGUGGUUGGAGGCAGGACUGAAUGACAGCACUGCGGUACUAAUCCUAGCAGCUCAGGAACAGGUACUCAACACCAGAUCAAUAAAAGUGGGGAUCUACCACACCAGGCAAGGUACAGACUGUGCAAAGAGGCCUCUGAGACAGUCCAUCACCUAGUAGCCGCAUGCAAGAUGUUGGUAUGAACAGUAUACACGGAGAGGCACAGCCAAGUGGCUGGGAUUGUGUACUAAACCUUCAGCAUCAAAUAUGGGCUGGCCCUGCCUCAGUCGAGAUGGGGGAUACCACAAAGGGUAGUGGAGAAUGACAGGGCUAAGAUACCGUUGGACUUUCAGCUAAGAUACUGCGCAGAACCCUCAAACUCACAGACUGGACCUGAGCGUGAGGAAUACAAAAUAUAUAUACCAGCCAGAAGGGGAGAGAAAAUCUGUUUACCUCUGUCAUAAACAAAUAGAAAAACAUAUGUAUAUGAAUGAAAAAUAUAUAAACUGAAGUGUGUGUGUGUGUGUAUGUAUGUGUAUAUAAUAUAUCUCUAUAACCAGGGGAUCUUGUGUAUUGUAUGAAUUGGCACCAGUAGCCCCCAUUUUAUACCAAAAUUGGGCAAUAUCUGCUAAACCAACAGAAAGCAAUAAAUAACAUAGCGUAAAACUGUGUGGAUAAUCGUACAAUUCCAAAUGGUCACAAAUUCAAUGGAGUAAAAUAAUACCUUGUAUACUGUUCCCCUCAAAGGGUUUCGCCUUCUGGAUAUUUUCAUGUCACCAUAUGUUGGCUGAAGAUAAUCUACUCGAGAGAGGAAAUAAAAUUGUAGUGUAAAUAGAGUAAGUAGUAAAAACAAUUUAUUGACUUACAGAUAGGUUUAAAAUAGUGGAUGUAAUCAUUCAAAGUCACCACGAGGCGUCCUAUGUGUUUCGAUCGUGUUAGGGACCUUCUCAAGGACGUCACACUGUCAGGUUACAAACCUGACAGUGUGACGUCCAAGAGGAAGUAACCUGAUUGUGUGAAGUCCCUUAGGAAGUUCCUAACACAGACGAAAUGAGUAGGACACCUAGUGGUGAAUCUGAAUUACUAUAACACUACCAUAUUUAUCUUUCUACAGUGUACCCAGAGCAUAGGGUGCGCUCAGUGUACCCAAAGGUGGGAGUGCGCCCACUGUACCCAGAGCAUAGGGUGCGCCCACUGUACCCAGAGGAGGGAGUGUGCCCACUGUACCCAGAGGCACGGGGUGCCCACUGUACCCAGAGGGGGGAGUGCGCCUACUGUACCCAUAGGGGUGUGCCGUUUGUACCCAGAGGAGAGACUGUGCCUAGUGUACCCAGAGGUGGAGUGGUACCCAGUGUUCCCAGAGAAGGGGCGUGCAUUUUGUUCCCGAAGGAGGGAGUGCCCCCUUUGUACCCAGAGGAGGGUUCAUGUCCAGUGUUCCCAUGGGAAUGGAGUGUGUCCAGUGGAGAGAGAAUACCUACUGUAUCCAUAGGAGGAGGGUGCACAGUGUAUCCAGGGGAGGCAUUGUGCCCAGUGUACCCAGGACAGGGUGUGCGCCCAGAGUAUCCAAAGCAAGCAGGGUGCGAGUGCGCCCAGCGAUUCCUAGUAUGUGUACUUAUAUAGCACAGUGUGUGACUUUACCUGGUGUUUGAUGGAAAGCUCACUGAUUAUAAAUGGUGUGGAAAGCAGGAAGUGAUUCUGUGUAAUUAAAGUUAUAUUCUAUCCAAUUUACUGGGGGAAGCAACGUGCAUGGAAAGGUUCUCAUUCUGUGUUUCCAUUUUCAGCCAGUGUUUGAUUACGAUAAUGUGGAGCACUGGAUUAAGGUAAGUGACUAUAGAAACACUAUUGUCUACCAAUAAGCACCGUACAGGAGACUAUGAUUUAAAAUGCUGAUUUUAUGCUCCCUUGUGGUUCGUCUUCCAGUUUUCUUUUACGUGUGCGGGCAUUUUAUGUCAUGUGUUAUUUUGAAGGGACGUUCCAGUCUCCUAAAACACCUAAGCUUGCUGAAAUGCUUUACAUGUGCAGAGUGUGACCUCUUUGUUUCAUUGUAGAAAAAGUGCAGAUUUCAAUAAAAAUUGCCACUGUUAUAAAUGAACCUGUUUACACCGCCCCCACCCCCGCCCCCCUGGCUGUCAAUCAGACAGCAGGUCCUGUUACUUCCUGGUUUGGUUUGCUCAGUGUACAUAAACUCAAGAGGCAGCAAUUGCUCAGAGCACCUGCUUUAUAAAGACUUCUUAUUCAGUUGCAUUACAAAGGCUGUAAUUGGACGGCCACAGAAAGACUGGGUGGGGUUAGAAGGGGAGGGAUUGCAAAGGCAGCAGACAAGAGAUGUGCAGCUAAUACAAGCUGUUUUUAGAUAUAUCUCCAAUGAAAAAAAUGCAUAAUUAAAUAUGUGCAUGUUUUAGGUUGCAUGGGGUAGCGCUACUAAAUAGUGAUUUGUAUUUAUUUUUAUUUAAACAAGCCACAUUUUUGGGCAUGUCACCACAACUCUCCACAUUAAUGAAUAAACCCACCUUAGUACAGUACUUCCUUCUGCAGUGCUGCUUCUCAUGAUUUUACUUGUGACCUUUUCCUAUGGGGAAAAUGAGUGGGAGAAUUAAAGUGACUCUCAUACUGCAUAACUUUAAUUCUUGUCUUGCAUUUUGUAAAAUCCAUGGAGUUUGAAUUGACAACCAGCAGCAAGGUUAAUGGAAAAAAAACUACUUAAAAAAAAUUAAAAAUAUCUAAGGUGACCUGGAGGUAAUUUCUAGAUGUCCAUUAAUUGCAUACUUUGUGCCGUCCAGCUGUUUCUAUAAUGAUGCCAUGUAAACUCUAUAUGGGUUAAUUAGAAGAAAUGAUUCUUUUUCGUCCAGUCCCGCGACGUAGACAGAGUUCACCUUGGAUCCCAGAAGUGGAUCAGGUCCAUUGGGUGACCAGUUUGAUGGUGUUUCUUCAGCUUAUUGUUGUUUUUACUUUGAUUCACUGACUCUCGAAUAUCUCCAUUUCCCUGCAGAGAGUUGAACAGGCCUCAGAGUUUGCCGUGUCUGAAGUAUUCUCGGCUAAGAAGACUGUCCAGCGUGGGCAGAAAGCCAUGCGUCCUGCCUUGGACCUCGAGUCAGUGGAUCAGCUUCACGACCACGAUGACGCUUACGCUGAAGGUACAGUGACGAUAAAUAGAGACUUCAGAACGUUCACUAUUUGAGUAUGUCACCAGUUACCAUUUCUUGGGGCGUCUAGGUCAGAGCUAUUGUGUACAUGGAAUCAUUUCACUUCUGCAUUAUCCAUCCUGACGUGGCCAGCAAUGAUAGCCAUGGAAGAGAAGUAUCUUAUUAUCUUAGCAGCAACUGAGGGAUGGGAUUUGGGAGUCAGGAGAACUGGAAAUACUGCACCCAAAUACUCAUCUACCAUAACCACUACACUAAGCUGCAUUGGUAAUCCUUAACACGUCACAAAUCGAAAUCUCCCACCCUAUUUGUCUGUCCCUCCCAGUAUUCCGUGUUUAUUAUUGCUCAAUAUUACUGCUGUACACGAUCUCUUUACUACAAGAGAAAGCUGAACGUUUCAACAACUCCCACAAACCUUGCGGUGUCUAGAAAGCGAUGUUUGCUUGAUAUGUUAAACAGUCAGUGAACAACAGACACUUCUACUACGAGAAGCAUUAAAUCGAUCAACAUCUGGCAUUGGCACACUGAUGCUGGUUAUCAGAUUUAAUUAUUCAUCUAUUGUAUUAGUAUUAUCAUUAUUGUUAUAAUUAGCUUUUAUAUAGCACCAGACACGAGGUGAAGCAGGCCUUGCUGAAACAAGCUUGCAAUCUGGGAGAUUGAAGUCUGGAGCCUCUAGAAACUCUCUGUCUCAGAAAUUACUCUGUUUACUAGGCUGCACAUACGCUGCAAAUUACUGCACUGACAUAAAGGGAUUUUGUUGCUUCGACUUUCCCCUUAAAAGCUAUUCCGAUGACAGACACUAGAUGGUGCUAACAUUCCACUAUUCAUUUUAGUAGACAUGUUUUUUUAUUUGAAUAUAAAUAGCAAAAAGAGGAGAUCAAAUUGCUGAUACCAGGAGAUGCAAUUAAGUCUAUACUAGGAAGUAACGAUAUAUCCCUCUCAGAAAGAUAAGUGGCAAUAACUAUCUCCUGGUAUCAGCAAUUUGAUCUCCUCUUUUUGCUAUUUAUAUUCAUUUUAGUAAUUUUUAACCUUGGGUGUGGGUUAAUCCACUGGGAUUUGAGAAGUUAUGUGCCAUUUUUAGGAGAUCAUUAUAUAACCUUCCUGUCUAUCAGAUAGGACCAAUACUCUUUUCUGGUGAUUAUUUAAUGUUUUUUGAUUUGUUUGAUUACGCUAUAAUAGUAACAUUUUAUAUCUAUCUGAUUCUUACUAUUGUCGAUAAGCUCCAUCUUUUAUCCUCUAUCACAUUGGGGAAAAGUUAUUAUUAUUUUUAUUUACUCGAUGGGCUGAAAUCAGACUUUUAUUUUAUGUAAUGUUGAUUGUAUACCAGUCAGACUGUACCCCAUACCUUUAUAUGGAAUAGCAAAAAGAUGGAGAGACUUUGAACAUGUAGUAAUCUGCCAGAAACGUGAUCUGUGCAGCUUUUCUCUCUCAGCCCAGGACCUGCUGAGCGAAUGGAUGGGCACCAAGCUGAAGAUGGAGUUGGUCAGUGAGGACGAGGAAGACCCUGACAUUGUCCGAGCUCAGAUAAACCCUCCUCAGCAGCCCCAGCCAGACUUUGUGAAAUACAACAGGUUUGACGGUAGGAACCCUCCAAGCACACGUAACGUAAACAACAUGAUGAGGUAUCAUGGGAAAUGUAGAUCCCUAUACAAGCAAUGCUAAAAGCCUAUGCUCUGUAUUUAAAAAGAAUAAAAAGUGCAGCGUAAGUUAUGGGGUUUUGUUAAUUAAGAUAGAAAUUGUGGAUAAUUUAAUAGCCAAAGUGAAAGAAUUGCCCAUGUUGGAGAAUUUACCAGCUCACAUAUUCCACCUCUAAAGUGUUUCUCUAGGCACAAUAACCACCUUAGUUUAUUGAAGUGGUUAUGGUGCUAGAAUAUUGUCCUCUUUGGAUGGCUGCACAUUUUGUACCUGUGGUUGUUUUGCUUCCUAUUGAUUACUGAUUAUAUUUUACCGAUAUAUAUUCUAGAUCUCUAUGAAUAUCUGGAGCAGGAAGCAGAGAGUACAAAGGCUCAAGAUUUCCUGCAGGAUCUACUCCAGAAACAAGUGGUGGAUUCUGGGAUUCUAGAAAACCUAAUGAGAGACCAUAACUGCAAGAAGCAGCGAGACCCAAGACUUACGAUAGAGUUGCGGCACCAACAGGUGUGUUCUUUGUUUUGCGUCACCAUUCACAGGUAGAGAAGAUCUGUUAGAACUCAUUGUAUUGAAUCCUCAGUCUGCUUAUCAUAAUGGUGGUUGGGUUACAGGUAUCAAAUGACCGGCUGAACUGAGAGAUCUGAUGGGACAGGAUCUAAUAACCUCAAUAUCACAGGAUGUAAAUGGAAUCUAGAAAAGAGAUACUGGUAUUGGAGCAAUGUGAGCAGGAGGAAUACAUUAAACUACCUGGCACCUUGCUGCCAUCUCCCACUUCCAAGAUGGGGUCAUGUCUAAAGAUGAAAGACCCCAGAAAGCCCGUUCCAUGGUUUAGACACUGCCUUAGGUCUCCCUGGGAAGGUACAUAUCUGGCCGCACUAUGUCACCUCUUAUCAUUCAUCAAAAGAUAUUUAGAAGCACCCACCUCUAUUGGCUCAUGCAAGCGUUUCUUAUUCGUUUUGUUUUAUUUCACUUAUUUUUUUGAUUGAGAAGUGGCUAAAGGUUGUCUUUACAUGCAUAGCUCACUUUAUAUAUCCCAUUAGUCUUUAUGGGAUAAGUAUUUAAAUUGAGCUGUGAAUUGAAUCUGUAUAGGGAAUAUAAUUCAAUCUAACAUAGCCCUUUCCUCCUACUUAUAGGUAUAAAAGAUAUUCCUGUGUUCUCUAGAAAUAUUGUUAUUCAUAUCUUACUAGCUCUUAGAUUUCAUAUAGUAAAAAAAAAUGGAAAAGGAACAUAAAAUUUACUUUGGUUUGUUCAAAUUUGGGUUGUUGAAUUGGAGUAUCAGGCUCUUAUAGAGAAAUGUUUCUUCCUAAAUAAUGAUAUUUAUCUAAAAUGAUAUUACAAUCUUUGGUCUCCAUGGUCCAGAUAUAAAAUCAUCAAUCUUAACAUUCUUUAAAAAAGCUAGUCUUAUAACGGAUAUGAUAAUAGAGGGGGGGAAGGACCAAUAUAGAAAACAAAGUUUUAGGAAUAUAGAUCUGCUUGUUCCCCCUGGUUUGAAUGCGAUAAGUGAAUGUAAUUCAUUGUGAAACAAUACACGUCAUUAAUUUAAUGGGUUUAUUUUUGUUUGUUUGUUUUUUGUAUGACAUUUUGUCUUUGUAUAUUCUCUAAAAUAUCAGAAAUAAAGAAUUUUUAAAAAGGAAGUUUAAAGAUUAGAUGUCUCUUUUAAGGAAGUCUUUAGGAAGGCUACGUACUUUGCAUGUAGAGAGGUGUGGCUAGUGCUGCAUAAACAAAGUGAUUUUACUCCUAAGUGGCAAAGAAGUGAGACUGCAGGAGGAUAAUGUUGUUCUGGCUCCUAUACUGUCACUUUUAAGUAAUUUUUGAAUUAUUUCUGAAUAGUCUCUUAUUGUGUAUAUAUAUAUAAAAAAUAAACCUGUGAAGUAUAGGUUCUUGCAGAGUAAACCCGAUACGAUAGGUAGAUACAAUAGAUAGAUUUUGCUCUAUAUAUUAUAGUCUGAUUUUCUACUGUCCUGUAUCUGGCUAUGAAACAUUAAACUCUGUAAUAUUUAGGAAUUCUUCAUAGAGAAAUCCAAGCGUCGCUCAUUGUGAUCUCAUUGGUUCCAAACCUCAGUGUGUAUCCCUGGUCAAUGUCCAUGUUUGGAGCCUUAACAAUUAACAUCUAUUUUAUAGGUAAAGGAGAACCGGGACAAGCGUCAGAAAGAGCAGGAGAAGAAAAGGCAAGAAAAAGCCUUAAAGAAAGCUGCAAUGGCCCAGGCUCAGGUGAUGGUCCAGGAAGAAUCCAAGCAGAAGGCCAUGAAGAUCAAGAAAGAAGAGGAGGAAAUCCAGAAGAUGGUGGUGAAGCUCCGGAAGGAUAUGACUGAGCGCAGGAAGGCCAUGGAUGAGGUUAGGAAAAUGUAAGUGGGGGAAGAGGCCAUGGACACUCAGAAAUACCUGAACAAAACAUGUCUUCAAUGGGCAAAGCUGUCUGAAGGGCUCGUUCUGUAGCUUGGGAUUUAACGAUGUCCGUUUAUGAUGGUAAAUCAAAAGCCAGGAGAAUACCGCUUAUACCACAACCACAUUGUCACUGUUCAUGAAAGGUGUGCUGUCAUUACUCUAGAAUCUGGCAAAGUGUAUUCUCACUGCUCCGGAAUGUUGACACAUAUUAUCAUAGCUCCAACAUUUAGUACAUUGUCACCUCUACAGAUUAUUACGAUGCACACGAUCAGCAAUUCAGAGACUGGUGAUGCACAUUGUCCCUGCCCCACAGUAUGUGUUGGCAGCAUUGUUGUCAGGGAUUGAAACAUAACCUAUUGCUUGGCUGCUGCAGAUAAACUGUUAAAGAAUCUUGCCGUCUCAUGUAUUGUAUCAAUUAAACUGAUUGACGAAGUUAUGAUUAUAUCAAUAAUUUUGAUGAUAUUCAGUUAUAUUAUUAUGAUGUUUCUCCUCUGGAUUUUGAUUCAGUGAGUGGAAGAAGAAGGAGAUUGAAAGCAGCAGGAAGCUUCAGGAGAGGAUGGAGACCCAAAGGGACACCCAGAAAGAGGAGGACGAGAGGAGAAAGCUGGAGAAACAGUCCAGGAUUAAGGAUCUGCUGGGUCAGGUGUACGCGGAGAACCGCAGGGUAUGUUCUAUUAAGACAGUGUUUAAAGUAAGUAACUGGCUGCCAGCAGGUUAUAAAACGCCAGUCAGCAUAUUAAUCGAUGGAUUAAUUAAACAUGGUAUUGUGGAAAGUUGGAGAAUUCCAGUUAUGUCCAUUGUCAACUGGUGUGAACUGGAGGCUCACAUCCCCAAAAGGCAGACUGUGCUUAUCACAGUCAUUGAGAAAUCUUUCACUUUGGGAUGUGAACAUGCUGCGUAGAACCUGUAUCACAGAACAUACACUAGGUGAUACAGUCGCACGUGAUCCUGACGUUUUAGCUUCAGUCUGGUUUCAGCCUGUAGAAGGCAAGUCAACACAUACAAACUCUGUAACCUACCCAACAAACAGCCACCUCUCUCACUUAUAAGAAUUAAUAUGGAAAAUCCAUUGGUACUCUAUGCCAGUCUUUGUUUUACAUUGUUGGAGUUUAAUAAAUAACAAAAUGAUUUUGCAUACAUAGUAGACUGACCCCCUUGCUAAGGUUCUGAUAGAUGCUUAACAUGGACCCGUCACUGUCUUGUUCAUGCAAUGCUGAUGUGUUCUGUUCCCCCCUUAGUGCCUCCAAAAGAGUUUCUCUGGCUGGUAUAAAUUGGUCUUGGAGCGCCGGUUGAAGAUGGGGAAAUCCAGGGCUCUUGCUGACUGGAGGUGUCAGCUGCGGGUAUUCAGAGCUUGGAGAGACUAUGUGUGGGCCAAAAAGCUGGAAGUGGAGACCCAGAAGAUGGAGAUGGACCUGAGAGAUCAGAAUAGGUACUGCAAGGUGGUCAUGUAGGCAUGGGUCUUGGUGGGGUACGUUGGGAUUGACAUUGAGGCUCCCCGGUAGAACCCAAGGGUGAGGGCCUCCUUGCAGUGUGGGUUUGUUCUAUGCAAUAUAUUGAGUAACAUGUGGUUGGACAUUGUUUAUGUUGGUAGGGUUUUGGAUUGCAUGUUGGGGUGUGGGGAAUGUUAUUUACCUAAAAGACAUGUGAUUCCACCAGUUUCAUUAGUGACCACUGUCAUUGAUUGUUUGUUCCAGGAAGCAGCAGCUGGCAGUGGAAAGCUACCGCAAGCGGAUCCUACGGCAUUGCUUUGUGGAUUGGCAGCUGUGGUGUCGAGCAGAGAAAGACAAGAGAGAGCUGGAAGCUCAGAAAGAGGAGACAAAGCGGAAAAUGGCGGCCUUGCUGGAAGCAGCCUCAUCUUUAGUGACUCCAAAAGACACCAGUGCAGAUCAGAGGGAUGUGGGGAGACCUUCAUCCAGGGAGCUAAAGGUGAGGACAGAACUGUGUAACCGUGUGAUACGUCGUGACCCGUCACAUUAGAGGAUGUCAUGGGGUCACGGAAGAUCAUAUCUGUCCCAAGCUUAUACAGUAAUGUUAAUAUUCUAUAAUAACAAUUAGCUCCUGUAUUAGGGUGUGCUCUUUACUCGUGGAGUGGAAUCUGACGGAACUUUGGGAUUUUAUAUCCCAUGUAGUGUAAUAGUUUGUGAAAUUUGGAGCCAUUAAAAUAAUCCUGCCUUAUUACCCCCUCCCCAUCAUUAAUACCGAGGCUGCCAGUGUCUUUAAUGAGUGGAACUAUUCCUGCAACAUAUCACCAUCGGACAGAACUUCAAAGAACCAACGGUUUAUAAAUGGAAAAAUAAAAUGCACGUAGCAGUGGAGUGAAAUGCAAUGGGAGUGAAAUGCGAUGUUUAUUUUUAUUUAUUUAUGAUACAUGUUGUUUUAUCCUGUACUCAGAGCUCGAGUGCACAUCAUGCAGGACAUCUCUCACUGACACUCACUUUCAUUAUCCAAUAUAGGUUUCCAUUGAAACAUUUGCAAAGAUUAAAUGUUUUUGAAUAAGCUUUUAAAAGGAUAUUUUUUCUAAAAUAUCAAAAAAUAUAGCAUAUAAUAAAAUAAUACAUCAAAACAUAUUAAAAUCAUUUUCUAAAUAUUAAAUUAUUUAAAACCUUAUCUAAAAAUAUUAAAGCGAGGCCAUGAUCAAUAGAGAGAACCUUGCCCAGGCCGUCUGUAUGGAAUCCAGGUAACCCUUGUCUCGUAUUAGUGUAGCUGUGAGGAUCUCUGAGGUCCCAGGAUGUUACUAGCAGUUAAAGGAAAAGUACCGUGUGACUGUAAGGCUCCUGGGAGAGCAUGACUCUGUCCCUUUAUUGAUAUAAUGACUGUGUUCGGCCCAGUUAUAGUGACACAGCUGUACACACCGGGGAUUUCUCAAUUUCAUUCAGUUUGAUGUGUAAAGAACUGAAAAAGGAUUUGCACAUUUGAGUAUAUUUUUCACUCCAUUUUUCUUGUUUUUUUUGGCAUAAAACUUGCAAUUAAAUGUAUCACAAUCCCAGAUGAUGAAUCAGCACCAUUUAUUUAAACUAUCCCUUGCUCCCCAAUGAUUACUUUGAUAAGUACCUUUCUCAGUGCAGCCAUGUGGUGGGAUAUCUGUAAAAAGGGAGUAUUCAAAUCGAGGCCCGCACUGAGCUAAUAUAGUAUCGGAAUCACCAGGGGACAUAAUCAGUAAUUGAGUGUUCCUAGUAUUCUGCUGGUGUCCGUGGCAAUUGUUUCUCUCUUAGAAUUUUGGACCACAUUGUUUAUCAUAGGACUGGGCUAAGUCUCCCACUUCCUUGAUCUAUUGUGUUGAAUAUAAAUUGUAACAGAGAGAAAAAACGUCAACACUCUAAUGUCUUUGUAGGUUGAAGAGAAUAAUGGAUCAGAGAAUGGGCAAAAAACCCCGGGAGACGUAAACAAGAACAUACCUGGUCAAUCACCCAACGUCCCCAAACAUGCAUGGCAAAUCACACGGAAACAUGCAGAACUAAGCUCCGAGGAGCUGGAUCAACUCCGUCUACAAUCCUCCAAGAACACCCCCAGGCUCCAGAGGGGCCCCAACAAAAAGGCCCCUAAUUACGGUGAGGUGUUUGAGAACCGACAUACCUUCCAGCAACAGCUGAUAGAGGAACAGAGGCAGCAGCUCCAAGAGCAAAAGGACAUGAUCCUGGGGUUAAUGGAGAACCAGAGACUGAUUAUAUCGAGGCAGGAAGCUGCAAGAGCCACUACCUUCACCACAGAGCUGUCCAGCAAGGGGACCACCAGGAAAGGGAACUACCAGGGGACAGAAGGACCCCCGGCCUUGAACCACCCAGGUCCUCCCAGGUACAGUUUGUAUAUCAAUUUAUUUUCAUUGUGACUGCAGCAUCAACCAAUCAUAGGAUUUAUAUAAUAUAUGGACGAUAAUCAGGUAUUUCAAAAAAAAUAAAAAAUGUAUUUGUGGAGGUUUGGAUGAAUAAGGCACGUGGCUGGGGGGUGAAUAAUCUAUUGACUAUUACAGUCUGACAAUCACAGCUCAAAAAAUUCUAAACCUGAAGUGCUUUAGAGGUUUGUUCUGUGGAGCAGGCAGUUCAUGUAAAAUGAGGGAAGGAUGAAAACCCUUCAAAUCCAGGACAGAACUUCAAGAAUCGGCUCCGAUGGUGCCGUAUUAACCUUACCCAGAUUUACCAGGGAAAAAAUGAUGUUUUUAAAUAAAAAAAAAUCCAUAUCAUCCUUCACUCAGUGAACCAGCAUGGCACCUACCUACCAGGAAGAAACAUAUUGGCAAUAAUUCUAUAAUGGUUGGGAGGAAUCACUCGGCUAGCCAAUACAUUUCUAAUUAUUCUGACAGUACAGAGAGUUGACUGUCUCAGACCGUUUGUGACCCUGUGUAUGAAGCCAGUUGGGUAUCCCUGAGAGCAGAUCCCAUCCAGCACCUCUCGGUGGGAUGAGUGAGGGUGUGAAAAGGAUACAGUUUACAAAGAUGGUUGUUUGACAAACAAGUCUUAUUAUUUGUGGCAGACAUGUGGCGUUCUCUUAAUAAUUGUGCCACCAAGAGUUUUGUUUAAUGAGUGGUAGAAUGAAGUUGUAUCUCCGUCAGUGCUCUGUUUUACUCCAUUGGUGAAUGUCCUGUAUGUUUCAUGAUUGUGUUUUCACAGUGUUUCAUGUCCGUCUGUCCAUCAUGGAAAAACAAACACUAGCGCAUCACCAAGCACCGUGUCUACAGCAAGGAGUUUCACUGUGCCCACAAUAUCCCCUCAUCCCGUGGUCAAAGGUACAGCUUAGAGGGCGAUUGCAAUGUUACCUACAACAAGAUAAAACUCAUGUGAACCCUGGUUCUUAAAGGAGAAAUAGAAGUGUUUACAGAAUCCAGGCUAACUCACAUGCACUUUAUUAAGUAGCUUUUUCUUAAGUUGCGAAGGUUUAGUUUAGGUUACAUAGAAAACCUUUGUCCCUUAGAUUAUUAUUAUUAUUAUUGGUAUUUACAUAGCGACAGCUUAUUCCGCAGCGCUUUACAAUAAAAGGGGAAUUUACCAAAUGAGACAAUAGGUUAAAGGGACACUACAAGCUUGCUCAAGUGCCUUAUGUUUGUAGAGUGGGUCCUUUUAGAAACAAAGUUCCGAUUUCAAUAGAAAUAAAUGAUCUCGGUAUAGGAUUGGAAGGUAGGGCUCUCUGAGAGCUCAUUAGAUCACAUACGGUCUGCACUAGAGAUGUCCUUAGAAAAAAGAUAUUUGUCUGUAGCUGUAUUUACUUUAUGUGGGUAUAUUGCAUCCAGUCAUGAUUACAUUCAGCUGUCAUUUAGGGAAAAUGCCAGAAAAUGCAAGUUUCCUUACAAACUGUUUGACCCAUUAUAUUCUGUUAUAUCCGCUGUGUUACAACAAUGGUAUUUGAUCUCUACCCUAUAAUUACAGAUCCUUUAUGAAGUAUUUCAGUGUGUACAGUAAAUAUUUUUUUAUAUAUAUUCCCUAAUAUAUCUUUUUAUUAUUUAGAUAAACCUGAACAGCAAUCUACAAGAGAAAUUGCUGGUUUGCCCUAAUUGUAUUCAGUUGCUACACGUCCCAAAUAAAUAUUACCAUUAUUUUUUACCAAAGAAGAUUAGAUACCUGAUAUAGCGAUGCCCACCGUACCUUCAUAGUUUAAAGCAGCAAUGACAUAUGGCAGAAUUGCAAUACUCCAGAACUGGGAAUAUCUUGCAUAAGAACUCUAUGUGGGAGAUUUAUCAGAAUGUCCUAAUUGGUAAAGUGGGGAAGAAUUCUAAAAGUGGAAAAAUCACCAUGGAAACACGUGAAGGAUCCUUGCAGUGGGGAUUGCUCCACCUUUCAGAUCACAACAUAAUACACCAUGAGAAGUCUUGUCUUUCUCUCUCGUUGAUCCUAAAUUAUUUAGUGGAUUACACAUAUUUCGUCAGUCUUCCCCGGGAUUGAGAGUGCACUCAGUCUUUGUAUUUUACCCUUUCAGCAAUGGAAGAGAGAGCAGCGCAGAGAUUGGAAAGGAAGAGAGAACUUGAGGAAACAAGACGGCGACGGGAGGAGGAAAAACUGGUGAGAAUCCUGUCUCAGCCAGCACUAUGUUUAGAGGGACCUGCUAUCUGGAGAGUCCUCAGCCUGGUGUUACCUGGCCACAUCAUUCCCUGUCGGUGGUCCUACACAUCUGUGUAUUUUCUGUGUACUUUAAGAGAAUACCGCAGGUCACGGGGGGUGGAGCUAUGGCAGAGGGACAUUUUCUUCUUCAAAAACCAUUUAACCGUCAUGAUGGAUCAGUAUGUUUAAACCCCUUAAGAACAGAUGACGUGUGACAUGUCAUGAUUCCCUUUUAUUUCAGAGGUUUGGUCCUUAAGGGGUUAAUUACCUGAUGCUCCAGUAAGAUGUAUGGGUUCCAUUUUAAUGGCUGAUAAAUCUCGAGCUAUAAAAUACACGUAAUCCGUAAGAAUAUUUUAUAUGAAACAAAAGACAAGGAAAAGAAUGGAUUUUAGAGCUUGUAAAGAGGGAUUUUAGCCUCCAGUGGACACAAAGAGAGUGCUAAGCACUUAACAUUUAUUCACAAUGACUCAUAAAAUUUCUAUAAAAAUAGCAACUCUUGUUAAAUGAAACAUAGUUUAGCAAUAACUAAAUUUGAUUUUAAAAAUACAAACUAUCAGACGUCAAAAAGUAAUAAAUGAAUAACCAGCACUACCUAAUAAUCUAAUUAUAUAGUGCUUCCAAAUCUUCGCAACAGCUGUUAGCUGGUCAUCCACCAGGGGGAGGCCUCACACCUUGACAAGUCUGAAAUAUAGGUUAGCCUUAUAGUCUAUACCUGUCUAUUGGAUUACGAGUGAGCUGCAGUUUACUUUUUUGCCACAAGAUGGCUCACAAGAUACUGUCUGGAGCAUCCCAAAGUACUGAAACAAAGUGCCAGAUGGCCGUUACCUGUCAAACCCUAUGUGAGACCAAAACUAAAGCUGGCCCUCCUUACUUGCUGGCUGCUUGCACCCUGAGAAUGCAGGAGGUAAUGCUGGCCCCUGACGCACAUUUCACUUUGUGGAGUAACCGAGAUCGUCAGGAGUAAUGGCAGCUCUGGUCCUCUCUGAUAGCUAGAGUCGUAUUGUGGGUCUCACAUCUUAUUUUGUAAUUAAACUUGGAGUCUUGUUGAACAUGACACAGGAAACAGACAUAUUUAAGACAUAAUAGAUGAAUUUUCAAGUUUGAGCAUUUUGUCCUUAAAUUUACAAUCUCGCCUGUUUUCCACAAAUUCAUAGUUUUCUGAAUAAACCCUGAAAAUAUGUACAGUGGGCCGAUUUGGUAGCCAAUAUUGCUGGCUUUUUAAAGAGUGGGUUUGACCAGUAUUUGUCUAUUAGAAAACCUAAUACACUGUGAGAGGUUUUGUCUUACUCUCUCGUUGAUCCCAAGUUAUGUACUGAAUUACACAUCAUCCUUAUAUAUUGUGUCUGUUUUCACGUUAAUGUAUUUGUGAUAAAUGAUCGCAAUAAUUCUUAUUACCCGCAGGCCCAGCUUAAAGCGGCAGAAGAAGAGCGUCUGCAGAGGGAGGCCGCUGAAAGGGAGGCCCAAUUAGAAAGGCGAAAAGAAGAGAAAAGACUACAGAGACAGGUGCCAUUUAUUGCCCAGUAAUUCUCAGCAAACCCAUCACCCAGAGGCUAAUAGUGGUCACACGCUCAGUAAAUAAUAAACCGAUCCCCUGUAAAACAAUCUUAGUGCCGGAACCCCGAUCCAAAAGGGGAUAACAUUUGCAAAAUAUAAAACCAGAGCCCCUUAGAUGGAAACACUGUAUCCAUGGGCAGAAGAUGGUGCUGGAUAAAUCCAAUACGAAAAUACAUCACCCCACGUGUGUUAUCCAUGUAAUAUCCACAACCUAAAUCAUAAAUGGUGCAUCUUUAUUACAUAAAAAAGUUCCAUAUGACAUCAAAACAGCAGAAUACCUCAUAAAUAACAGGGUAUCCAAAUUGCCAAAAUCGAGAAUAAAUAAUUAACAUCCCACAAAAAUAAUCACCAGUCCAAAAAUAGAAGUUUCUGCAGUUUGAAUUUAUUGUAUAUUUGUAUUAUUUUCCUGAUGGCUCUGUAACACCCUAUUUACCAUCUGAUUCCACAGAGGGAGCAGGAGAAGCAGAUGAGGCUGGAGAAGGACCAGGAGAUGCAGGAGAAAGCCAGGGCCCACUAUGAUAAGACCCUGCUGAGGCACAGAGGCUUGGAACCCUGGAAGAAGCUGAUGGCAAAAUCCCGACUGGCCAUGGAGGUAAUAAUACAAUCCAGCCAAUAAACAUAUUAUCAGCCAUGCUUGGCCGCCAUCUUCCUUAGAUGUAAACAAUUUAACUUGAUGUUUUACAUGCAGCAUGCAGAGGGACAUCACAGCUCCGUAAUUAUGAGAGGUUGUCUGGUGGGCUGGCAUCAAGCAACGAAGGACAUUUUGUCCAGUAAAGUCUCCCGUGCCGAUGAAUUGUGGACAUCAAUACUGUUACGGAGAAGCUUCCGGCAAUGGAUUAAGGUGUGUUGGGUUUCAAACACGGUAAUCGAUAAAGAUCUUAUUCUGCCAGUCCUGAAGAAAGUUAGAAAUAAACAAAAAAUCUUUCUUUUCAGUCGUUAAUUCUGUCCAAUGUAGGUGUAUUAGUGAGAUAGCUCGUCAAAUUAUGUCCCAGCAUUUAUUUCUCUCCAUUUCCUUUUCAAAUGGCAGGUAUAAUUCUUAGCAAGCAGAGCCUUGCAUCCUGCCAGGGUGGAUAUAAUAAGUGAUAUUAUGCUGGGUAAUAAAAUUAUCUAAUCACCAGGACAUAUUGGAAAACCGACUGUUAAAUUAUACAGCAUUAUUGUUACUCUGAUUCCAGUGAAGUGGGUUAUAAUAGAUUUAUUUUACCUUGUGUUUAACCUGUCCUGUUCUGGAAUUCGGACGGCAAUGUUCAUAUCAAUGCAUUAUGGUGUCUGAUGAAUAUUAUACUAAAACCCAAGUACAGGGAGAUUGCAAAAUCUUCUCCAGUUCAGCUUUAUACAGGGGUACUCCUUCUACAUGUAACAGAUUUUUCAUAGACCCAUUUUCUUAGAUUUGUAUUUCAGUAACAAGGGAGUCCUUCACACAUCACUGAGGAUUAUCCACUAAACAAUGAAUGAUCGUAAAGUGAAAAAUAAUUUUAAUGCUAAAAUAGCCAAGCUGUGGCUAUACAUGAGUUGGAGACUUUUUCCAAAUCGUCUGUAUUUGCAAUUUGUUUUCCAAUUCCCUGUUAUUUGGUGAAUAAAACCCAAAGUGGUUAACAAGGUUGUUGGGGGUACUGUAUGAGAAUUAAAGGGUCCAGGAAUCGUGUUUUGAGGAGCCUGGAAGCCAGUCACCCUUGGUUCUGCAAUGAUAGUAUUCAUGUGUCCACAGUACAAGGACUACCUGUCCAUCCUGGAAGAACGAGCAGAGAGGCACCAUGUGACCAUGCUCCGCAGGAAGGUAUUUCUGGCAUGGCUGGACUUGGCCCAAGAAGAGAAGAUGGCAUUAUGGGAAAAGCAGAGGAUUGCAGCAGAGCAUAACCAGAGGUAGGUACUUAUUAUCCACAGAAAGAGUUCAUUGUUAAUGCUCAAACAUUUCUUACAUUUACACAAAAUAAACAGAUCUUAGAAUUCUCUUUGAAUUUGGAUAAAAUGCAAGAAACAAACGACAUUGUUCAGUUUAUGUUUACCUUACCUUGUAUAUGCUGUAUUGUGAUCUUAUCAUUGGUAGGCUUCUUAAUAUGUUUAUAUCAGAACACAAGGGAUUUCUGCAUAAGCAACAAAUACAUUGUAAAGGAACAUACUAACAUUGAAGGGACACUAUAGGCACCAAAACAACUUAAGAUUAAUGAAGCAGUUUUGGUGUAUAGAUCAUGCCUCUGCAGUCUCACUUAUUAGUCCUCUGCUAUUUAGGAGUUAAAUCACUUUGUUUAUGCAGCCCUAGUCACACCUCCCUGCAUUUGACUUACACAGUCUUACUAAACACUUCCUGAAAAGAGUCAUCUAAUGUUUACACUUCCUUUAUUGCAUGGUAUGUUUAAUUUUGAAUUUCUUGUAACCUGAACUGUUAAUAGCUUCCAAGACCCUGCAGGAGCCCCCUGUGUGUAAUUAAAAUUAAAAAGUUUUUUAAUGCAGGCUGUGUCAGAGAGGUGUGGAUGGGACUACACAGACAGAAACAAAAGUGAUUUAACUUUUAAAUGGCAGAGAAUUGAGUAGUGAGACUUCAGAGGCAUGAUCUAUACACAAAAACUGCUUCUUUUAAGCUAAAGUUGUUUUGGUGACUAUAGUGUCCCUUUAUAUACAUGCCCCUCUACUGGCUACGAAACCAUAGAAUACACAGUGACCAGGGCUGAGAAACCGUAGAGUACAAGAUGACCAGGGCAAGACUCUGUUGGCUGAUAAACCAUAUAGUACACAGUGACCAGGGCUAGACUCUACAUGCUGAGAAACCAUAGAGUACACAGUGACCAGGGCACAACUCUACCUGCUGAGAAACCAUAGAGUACCUAGUGACCAGGGCUAGACUCUACAUGCUGAGAAACCAUAGAGUACACAGUGACCAGGGCUAGACUCUACAUGCUGAGAAACCAUAGAGUACACAGUGACCAGGGCUAGACUCUACAUGCUGAGAAACCAUAGAGUACCUAGUGACCAGGGCUAGAUUCUACCAUCUGAGAAACAAUAGAGUACACACUGACCAGGGCUAGAUUCUAUGUUCUGAGAAACCAUAGGGUGCACAGUGACCAGGGCUUGACUCUAUCUUCUGAGAAACCAUAGGGUACACCGUGACCAGGGCUAGACUCUACCUUCUGAGAAACCAUAGAGUACACACUGACCAACCUACAAGUGUACUGAUCAUGAAUCAUUGCUGUCUGCUCACUUAUCUUUCAGGCGAAUACUGCUGACAGCAUUCAGAACAUGGAGAAAGUUUCCAAAGUUAAUGCGAGAACUGAAGUUGAAGGAGGAACGAAGAGAACUGCUAAGGAAGAAAGUGGCAGAAAUUCUACCUGAUUUUAGGGCAUGA